AUGUUAGGGCAGCAGCAGCAGCAGCAGCCGCUCUACUCGUCGGCGGCGAUCCUGAGCGGGGAGCGCAGCCGGCUGCUCACCUGCUACGUGCAGGACUACCUGGAGUGCGUGGAGUCGCUGCCCCACGACAUGCAGCGGAACGUGUCGGUGCUGCGGGAGCUGGACAACAAAUAUCAAGAAACGUUGAAGGAAAUUGAUGAUGUCUAUGAAAAAUAUAAGAAAGAAGAUGAUUCAAACCAGAAAAAACGCCUACAGCAGCAUCUCCAAAGAGCAUUAAUCAAUAGCCAAGAAUUGGGAGAUGAGAAAAUUCAGAUUGUCACGCAAAUGCUCGAAUUGGUGGAAAAUCGGGCGAGGCAAAUGGAGCUACAUUCACAGUGUUUCCAAGAUCCUGCUGAAGGUGAACGCGUCUCAGAUAAAGCAAAGAUGGAUGCCAGCCAACCAGAAAGAUCUUCACGGAGACCCAGAAGGCAGCGAACCAGUGAGAGCCGUGACUUAUGUCACAUGACUAACGGCAUUGAAGACUGUGAUGACCAGCCACCGAAGGAAAAGAAAUCCAAGUCCGCCAAGAAAAAGAAACGCUCCAAGGCCAAGCAGGAAAGGGAGACGUCGCCCGUGGAGUUUGCGAUCGAUCCCAAUGAACCUACAUACUGUCUGUGUAACCAAGUGUCUUACGGGGAGAUGAUCGGCUGUGACAAUGACCAGUGUCCCAUUGAGUGGUUCCACUUCUCGUGUGUGUCACUUACCUAUAAACCAAAGGGGAAAUGGUAUUGCCCAAAGUGCAGGGGGGAUAAUGAGAAAACCAUGGACAAAAGUACUGAAAAGACAAAAAAGGACAGAAGAUCGAGGUAG